AUGUCUGACAAGAUGUCUAGUUUCCUGCAUAUUGGAGACAUUUGUUCUCUGUACGCGGAAGGAUCGACAAAUGGAUUUAUUAGCACCUUGGGCCUGGUUGAUGAUCGUUGCGUUGUACAGCCAGAAGCCGGGGACCUUAAUAAUCCACCCAAGAAAUUCAGAGAUUGCCUCUUUAAGCUAUGUCCCAUGAAUCGCUACUCUGCCCAGAAGCAGUUCUGGAAAGCUGCCAAGCCAGGGGCCAACAGCACAACAGAUGCCGUAUUGCUCAACAAACUGCACCAUGCUGCAGACUUGGAAAAGAAGCAGAAUGAGACAGAAAACAGGAAAUUGCUGGGGACCGUAAUCCAGUAUGGCAACGUGAUCCAGCUCCUGCAUUUGAAAAGUAAUAAAUACCUAACUGUGAAUAAGAGGCUUCCAGCUCUGCUGGAGAAGAACGCCAUGAGAGUGACUUUGGAUGAGGCGGGAAAUGAAGGGUCCUGGUUUUAUAUUCAGCCAUUCUACAAGCUGCGCUCCAUCGGAGACAGUGUGGUCAUUGGUGACAAGGUUGUACUGAACCCCGUCAACGCUGGCCAGCCCCUUCAUGCUAGCAGCCAUCAGCUGGUGGAUAACCCUGGCUGCAACGAGGUCAAUUCUGUCAACUGCAAUACCAGCUGGAAAAUCGUCCUUUUCAUGAAAUGGAGUGACAACAAAGAUGACAUACUGAAGGGGGGUGAUGUGGUCAGGCUGUUCCAUGCGGAGCAGGAAAAGUUCCUUACCUGCGACGAGCACAGGAAGAAACAGCAUGUCUUCCUGAGAACUACCGGCCGGCAGUCAGCCACAUCUGCCACGAGUUCAAAAGCCCUGUGGGAGGUGGAGGUGGUCCAACAUGACCCGUGUCGGGGUGGAGCAGGAUAUUGGAACAGCCUCUUCCGUUUCAAGCAUCUUGCUACAGGGCAUUACUUAGCAGCAGAGGUAGACCCUGACUUUGAGGAAGAAUGCCUGGAGUUUCAGCCCUCAGUGGACCCUGAUCAGGACGCCUCUCGAAGCAGGUUGCGAAAUGCCCAAGAAAAGAUGGUGUACUCCCUGGUCUCUGUGCCUGAAGGCAAUGACAUCUCCUCCAUUUUUGAACUAGACCCCACCACUCUCCGUGGAGGUGAUAGCCUUGUUCCAAGAAACUCCUAUGUCCGGCUCAGACACCUCUGCACUAAUACGUGGGUUCACAGCACAAAUAUCCCCAUCGACAAGGAGGAAGAAAAGCCUGUGAUGCUGAAAAUCGGCACCUCCCCCGUGAAAGAGGAUAAGGAAGCAUUUGCCAUAGUUCCAGUUUCCCCUGCUGAGGUUCGGGACCUGGAUUUUGCCAAUGAUGCCAGCAAGGUGCUGGGCUCCAUAGCUGGGAAGCUGGAGAAGGGCACCAUCACCCAGAAUGAAAGAAGGUCUGUAACCAAGCUGCUGGAAGACUUGGUUUACUUUGUCACUGGUGGCACUAACUCUGGUCAAGAUGUACUUGAAGUGGUCUUCUCCAAGCCCAACAGAGAACGGCAGAAGCUGAUGAGAGAACAGAACAUUCUCAAGCAGAUCUUCAAGUUGUUACAAGCCCCAUUCACGGACUGUGGCGAUGGCCCCAUGCUGCGGCUGGAGGAGCUUGGGGACCAGCGGCAUGCCCCUUUCAGACAUAUCUGCCGGCUCUGCUACAGGGUCCUGAGACACUCCCAGCAAGACUACAGGAAAAACCAGGAGUACAUAGCCAAGCAGUUUGGCUUCAUGCAGAAGCAGAUUGGCUAUGAUGUGUUGGCCGAAGACACGAUCACCGCCCUACUUCACAAUAACCGAAAACUCCUGGAAAAACACAUCACCGCUGCUGAGAUCGACACGUUUGUCAGUCUGGUGCGAAAGAACAGGGAGCCCAGAUUCUUAGAUUAUCUCUCCGACCUCUGUGUGUCCAUGAACAAAUCGAUCCCAGUGACCCAGGAACUAAUAUGUAAAGCUGUGCUGAAUCCAACCAAUGCCGACAUCCUGAUUGAGACCAAGUUGGUUCUUUCUCGUUUUGAAUUUGAGGGUGUUUCUACUGGAGAGAAUGCUCUGGAGGCAGGAGAAGAUGAAGAAGAGGUGUGGCUCUUCUGGAGGGACAGCAGCAAGGAGAUUCGCAGCAAGAGCGUCAGGGAACUGGCGCAGGAUGCUAAAGAAGGACAAAAGGAAGACCGAGAUGUUCUCAGCUACUACAGGUAUCAGUUGAACCUUUUUGCUAGGAUGUGUCUAGACCGCCAGUACCUGGCCAUCAAUGAAAUAUCAGGCCAGCUGGAUGUCGAUCUCAUUCUCCGCUGCAUGUCUGAUGAGAACCUGCCCUAUGACCUAAGGGCGUCCUUCUGCCGUCUCAUGCUUCAUAUGCACGUGGACCGAGAUCCCCAGGAACAAGUCACUCCUGUGAAAUAUGCCCGCCUGUGGUCUGAGAUUCCCUCGGAGAUCGCCAUUGAUGACUAUGAUAGUAGUGGAACUUCCAAAGAUGAGAUUAAGGAGAGGUUUGCACAGACCAUGGAAUUUGUGGAGGAGUAUUUAAGAGAUGUGGUUUGUCAGAGGUUUCCUUUCUCUGAUAAGGAGAAAAAUAAGCUUACCUUUGAGGUUGUAAAUUUAGCUAGGAAUCUCAUAUACUUCGGUUUCUACAACUUCUCUGACCUUCUUCGAUUAACCAAAAUCCUCCUGGCCAUACUGGACUGUGUGCACGUGACAACCAUCUUCCCCAUUAGCAAGAUGGCAAAAGGAGAAGAGAAUAAAGGCAGUAAUGUAAUGCGGUCCAUCCACGGGGUUGGAGAGCUGAUGACCCAGGUGGUGCUCCGGGGAGGAGGCUUUUUACCCAUGACUCCCAUGGCUGCCGCCCCUGAAGGCAACGUGAAGCAGGCAGAGCCAGAGAAGGAGGACAUCAUGGUCAUGGACACCAAGUUGAAGAUCAUCGAAAUACUCCAGUUUAUUUUGAAUGUGAGGUUGGAUUAUAGGAUCUCCUGCCUCCUGUGUAUAUUUAAGCGAGAGUUUGAUGAAAGCAAUUCCCAGACUUCAGAAACAUCCUCCGGAAAUAGCAGCCAAGAGGGGCCAAGUAAUGUACCAGGUACUCUUGACUUUGAACACAUUGAAGAGCAAGCAGAAGGCAUCUUUGGAGGAAGGAAAGAGAACACCCCCCUGGACUUGGACGACCACGGCGGCAGAACCUUCCUCCGAGUCUUGCUGCAUUUGACGAUGCACGACUACCCGCCCCUGGUGUCGGGGGCCCUGCAGCUCCUCUUCCGGCACUUCAGUCAGAGGCAGGAGGUCCUGCAGGCCUUCAAACAGGUCCAGCUGCUUGUUACCAGCCAAGAUGUCGACAACUACAAACAGAUCAAACAAGACUUGGAUCAGCUGAGAUCCAUUGUGGAAAAGUCGGAGCUCUGGGUGUACAAAGGGCAGGGCCCUGACGAGGUCAUGGAUGGUGCCUCUGGUGAAAAUGAACAUAAGAAAACAGAGGAGGGGAAUAACAAGUCACAAAAGCACGAGAGCACCAGCAGCUACAACUACAGGGUGGUAAAAGAGAUUCUGAUUCGCCUCAGCAAACUCUGUGUUCAGGAGAGCACGUCUGUGAGGAAGAGCCGGAAGCAGCAGCAGCGCUUGCUCCGGAACAUGAGCGCACACGCCGUGGUGCUGGAGCUGCUGCAAAUCCCCUACGAGAAGGCUGAAGAUACCAAGAUGCAGGAGAUAAUGAGGCUGGCACAUGAAUUCCUACAGAAUUUCUGUGCAGGCAACCAGCAGAAUCAAGCCUUGCUACACAAACACAUAAACCUGUUUCUCAACCCAGGGAUCCUGGAGGCAGUCACCAUGCAGCACAUCUUCAUGAACAAUUUCCAGCUCUGCGGUGAGAUCAAUGAGCGGGUUGUCCAGCACUUUGUUCACUGCAUUGAGACUCACGGUCGAAACGUCCAGUACAUAAAGUUCCUGCAGACGAUCGUCAAGGCAGAAGGGAAAUUCAUCAAAAAAUGCCAAGACAUGGUCAUGGCUGAGCUGGUUAAUUCGGGAGAGGACGUCCUCGUGUUCUACAACGACAGAGCCUCUUUCCAGACCCUGAUCCAGAUGAUGAGGUCAGAACGGGACCGGAUGGAUGAGAACAGCCCUCUCAUGUACCACAUCCACCUGGUGGAGCUCUUGGCCGUGUGCACCGAGGGCAAGAACGUCUACACGGAGAUAAAGUGCAACUCUUUGCUCCCGCUGGAUGACAUCGUCCGCGUUGUGACCCACGAGGACUGCAUCCCCGAGGUUAAAAUUGCAUACAUUAACUUCCUUAAUCACUGCUAUGUGGAUACUGAGGUGGAAAUGAAGGAGAUUUACACCAGCAAUCACAUGUGGAAAUUGUUUGAGAAUUUCCUUGUGGACAUCUGCAGGGCCUGUAACAACACCAGUGACCGGAAACACGCAGACUCAAUUUUGGAGAAGUACGUUACUGAAAUUGUCAUGAGUAUCGUUACCACCUUCUUCAGUUCUCCCUUCUCAGACCAGAGCACGACGCUGCAGACUCGCCAGCCUGUCUUUGUGCAACUGCUGCAAGGUGUGUUCAGGGUUUACCACUGCAACUGGUUAAUGCCAAGCCAAAAAGCCUCUGUGGAGAGCUGUAUUCGGGUGCUCUCUGAUGUAGCCAAGAGCCGGGCCAUCGCUAUUCCUGUGGACCUGGACAGCCAAGUCAACAACCUCUUUCUGAAGUCCCACAACAUCGUACAGAAAACUGCCAUGAACUGGCGUCUGACUGCCCGUAAUGCGGCUCGCAGAGACUCUGUUCUGGCAGCUUCUAGAGACUACCGGAAUAUCAUUGAGAGAUUGCAGGACAUCGUCUCAGCCCUGGAGGACCGUCUAAGGCCCCUGGUCCAGGCAGAGUUAUCUGUGCUCGUGGAUGUGCUCCACAGACCUGAGCUGCUUUUCCCAGAGAACACAGAUGCCAGAAGAAAGUGCGAAAGUGGUGGCUUCAUUUGCAAGUUAAUAAAGCAUACUAAACAGUUGCUAGAGGAGAAUGAGGAAAAACUCUGCAUUAAGGUCCUACAGACCCUCCGAGAAAUGAUGACCAAAGACAGAGGCUAUGGAGAAAAGGGUGAGGCACUCAGGCAAAUUUUGGUCAACCGUUACUAUGGAAACAUCAGACCUUCAGGAAGAAGAGAAAGCCUCACCACCUUUGGCAAUGGCCCGCUGUCACCAGGAGGACCCAGCAAGCCUGGGGGAGGAGGGGGAGGCUCUGGGUCCAGCUCCACGAGCAGGGGUGAGAUGAGCCUGGCUGAGGUUCAGUGUCACCUCGACAAGGAGGGUGCCUCCAAUCUGGUCAUCGACCUCAUAAUGAAUGCGUCCAGUGACCGAGUGUUUCAUGAAAGCAUUCUCCUGGCCAUCGCCCUCCUGGAAGGAGGCAACACCACCAUACAGCACUCCUUUUUCUGCCGGUUAACAGAAGAUAAGAAGUCAGAAAAAUUCUUCAAAGUCUUCUAUGACCGAAUGAAGGUGGCCCAGCAGGAAAUCAAAGCAACAGUGACUGUGAACACCAGUGACUUGGGGAAUAAAAAGAAAGAUGAUGAGAUAGACAGGGAUGCCCCAUCCCGGAAAAAAGCCAAAGAGCCCUCGACACAAAUAACCGAAGAGGUCCGAGACCAGCUCCUCGAGGCCUCUGCUGCCACCAGGAAAGCCUUCAGCACCUUCCGGAGGGAGGCUGACCCCGACGACCACUACCAGUCCGGGGAAGGUGCCCAGGCCACGGCAGACAAGACCAAGGACGAGCUGGAGAUGAGCGCGGUCAUCACCAUCAUGCAGCCCAUUCUCCGGUUCCUGCAGCUCCUGUGUGAAAACCACAACCGGGACCUGCAGAACUUCCUUCGUUGCCAAAAUAACAAGACCAACUACAAUUUGGUGUGUGAGACGCUGCAGUUCCUGGACUGUAUUUGUGGAAGCACUACUGGAGGUCUUGGUCUUCUCGGGCUCUAUAUAAAUGAAAAGAAUGUAGCCCUCAUCAACCAAACCCUGGAAAGUCUGACUGAAUACUGUCAAGGACCAUGCCAUGAGAACCAGAACUGCAUAGCCACCCAUGAAUCCAAUGGCAUUGACAUCAUCACAGCCCUGAUCCUUAAUGACAUCAAUCCUUUGGGAAAGAAGAGGAUGGACCUUGUAUUAGAACUGAAGAACAAUGCUUCCAAGUUGCUGCUGGCCAUCAUGGAGAGCAGGCAUGACAGUGAGAACGCAGAGAGGAUUCUUUAUAACAUGAGGCCGAAGGAACUGGUGGAAGUGAUCAAGAAAGCCUACAUGCAAGGUGAGGUGGAAUUUGAGGAUGGGGAAAAUGGCGAGGACGGAGCUGCCUCCCCCAGGAACGUGGGGCACAACAUCUACAUAUUGGCUCAUCAGUUGGCUCGGCAUAACAAAGAACUUCAGACCAUGCUGAAACCCGGAGGCCAAGUGGAUGGGGAUGAAGCUCUGGAGUUUUAUGCCAAGCACACGGCCCAGAUAGAGAUUGUCAGAUUAGACCGAACCAUGGAACAGAUUGUGUUCCCUGUGCCCAGCAUAUGUGAAUUCCUAACCAAGGAGUCGAAACUGCGAAUAUACUACACUACAGAGAGGGAUGAGCAAGGCAGCAAGAUCAAUGACUUCUUCCUGCGGUCCGAGGACCUCUUCAAUGAAAUGAACUGGCAGAAGAAACUGAGAGCCCAGCCCGUUCUGUACUGGUGUGCCCGCAACAUGUCUUUCUGGAGCAGCAUUUCAUUUAACCUGGCUGUCCUGAUGAAUUUGCUCGUGGCGUUUUUCUACCCAUUUAAAGGAGUCCGAGGAGGAACACUGGAGCCACACUGGUCAGGACUGCUGUGGACAGCCAUGCUCAUCUCUCUGGCCAUUGUCAUUGCCCUCCCCAAGCCCCAUGGCAUCCGGGCCUUAAUUGCUUCCACAAUUCUCCGGUUGAUAUUUUCGGUUGGAUUACAACCCACGUUGUUUCUUCUGGGAGCUUUCAAUGUCUGCAAUAAAAUCAUCUUUCUAAUGAGUUUUGUGGGCAACUGUGGAACAUUCACUAGAGGCUACCGAGCCAUGGUUCUGGAUGUUGAGUUCCUUUACCAUUUGUUGUAUCUGCUGAUCUGCGCCAUGGGCCUCUUUGUCCACGAGUUCUUCUACAGUCUGCUGCUUUUUGAUUUGGUAUACAGAGAAGAGACUCUGCUUAAUGUCAUUAAAAGUGUCACUCGCAAUGGACGGUCCAUCAUCUUGACAGCAGUUCUGGCUUUGAUCCUGGUUUACCUGUUCUCAAUAGUGGGCUAUCUUUUCUUCAAAGAUGAUUUUAUCUUGGAAGUAGAUAGGUUGCCCAAUGAAACUGCUCUUCCAGGAGCUGGCGAGAGUUUGGCAAGCGAGUUCCUAUACUCUGACGUGUGUAGGGUGGAGACUGUGGAGAACUGCUCCUCUCCUGCACCCAAAGAAGAGCCGGUCCUUGCAGAAGAGACGAAGCAAGACAAAGAGCACACGUGUGAGACGCUGCUGAUGUGCAUCGUCACGGUGCUGAGUCAUGGGCUGAGGAGCGGGGGCGGAGUAGGAGAUGUGCUCAGGAAGCCAUCCAAAGAGGAGCCCCUCUUUGCCGCUAGAGUGAUCUAUGACCUCUUGUUCUUCUUCAUGGUCAUCAUCAUCGUCCUUAAUCUGAUUUUCGGGGUCAUCAUUGACACCUUUGCUGACCUGAGGAGUGAGAAGCAGAAGAAGGAGGAGAUUUUAAAGACCACAUGCUUUAUCUGUGGCUUGGAGAGAGACAAGUUCGACAACAAGACUGUCACCUUUGAAGAGCACAUCAAGGAAGAACACAACAUGUGGCACUAUCUGUGCUUCAUCGUGCUGGUGAAAGUGAAGGACUCCACAGAGUACACUGGGCCCGAGAGCUACGUGGCAGAAAUGAUCAAGGAAAGAAACCUUGACUGGUUCCCCAGGAUGAGAGCCAUGUCCUUGGUCAGCAGCGACUCUGAAGGAGAGCAGAAUGAGCUGAGGAACCUGCAGGAGAAGCUGGAGUCCACCAUGAAGCUGGUCACUAACCUUUCCGGCCAGCUGUCGGAAUUAAAGGAUCAGAUGACAGAACAAAGGAAGCAGAAACAAAGAAUUGGUCUUCUAGGACAUCCUCCUCAUAUGAAUGUCAACCCACAGCAACCAGCAUAAGCAAAUGAAAUAAAGGAAUCUCCUGUACCUUUUCUAAUUAUUAUUAGUGUGGGUAUGGCUACUUAGUUCUGAUUCACCCACAAAGGUGACAUUAAUGCCUAGUACAUUUGUAAAUAAUCAGUUUUAUAUUGUAUGUAUAUGAUUGCUACUCUAAAGGUUUGGAUAUAUGUAUUGUAAUUAGAAUUGUUGGCAUGAUGAAAUUUCAUUUGUGCCAAAAAUAUUAAAAAUGCCUUUUUUGGAAGGACUAAAGAAAGCAUCUGAUUUGCACUUGAACCAGAUUAUAGAUUUAAAAGUAUAU